UCCACAGGAUUCUUUUUUAUUAAGCGUAUGCAUCAAAAGAGGAAUGCCUGCAGCCUAAACACCAUGUAAUUAGUCUCUACAUAAGCUAUGAAGCUAAUGGGACGAUAAUAAGUAACGUAUUACACAUUUACUUUUCAAUCAAACGAAUUUGUUCUAACAACACAGUUAUCAAGCAAUUAUGUUGUAACGCCAGCUGAGUGCUGCAUUGAGCGCCACAGAGUGCUUAGCCCAAGUACGCUGGCAUAAGAUCAAGCACAAGGAGAAAGCAUGCUUUUUUUUUAUUAUGUGUAUAUUUGUAUUCCCCAACUCGCACACAAAUGUUGGAACCUCAAGGUUUGUUGUUAGGUAGUGGUGUUACACACCAGCUGGAGCCAGGAGGUGAUCUCAAGCCGUGGAUGCCACCAUCAGCGUGAAGAGCUGGAGGACAGGACAGGACGACCACCAGAGCUCCCGUACCUCCAGGCUCACGCUUUCGGGCAGUCUUUUGCCACCACGGGUCCCAAGGACGCACGACGCCCUUGGGCUGAUGGUUGGACUAGAUGAUCUCAGUGGUCUUUUCCAACCUUAAUGAUUCUAUGCCCUUGGCUGUUGGUGGAGCACGGCACGCAGCUCGGCUCUGCUGCCGGCUCACGGCGCCUGGGCUUUGUGUGAGAACCACACGGAGGUUUUGGUGGUGAAAGCCACUUGUGGGUGUACCGCAGCGCAAAGAAAGGUGUGAAACUGGGUGAAAGCUGUGAGACCGCCGGCAGCAAGCUCUGCACAGCUUCCUGUGAGCCGGGUGCACGCAGAACUGCCCAGAAAACCUGCGUACAGAACCCUGUGUCGGAAUGCUGCCUAUAGCUACAACACUUCAUUGGCACACGCUCUGCUCAAGACGUUCUCCUGAAGCUGGAGCACGGCACCCCACAAGCAAACCUCUGGGCCCCGUCCCGCAGGCCGCAGCGGAGCAGGCAACCCUCCACCCGCCCCGCCCUCCCCUGGGCCGCACCCCCAGCGGGCAGCGCGGAGCCCCGGCCGCGCCCAGCGUCCCGCCCCGCCGCGCAGCCCCUCCUCAGGUGCGGGCCGGCCCCGCCCCGCGCUCAGGUCGGAGCCCGGAAGCCCCGAGGUUGUGGCGGCGGCGGGGCUAUGGCGGGUGCGGGGCGGCCGGGCUUGUCUCCUCCGCUGCUGUUCCUUCUCGUCCUUCCCGUGCCGCCCGCGGCCGCCGCGCUGCGCUUGCUGCUCGGCGCCGCGCCGCCCUUCACGUGCUCCCAGCCGAUUCAUGUGAUUCUCCAUGGCAUAUGGUCUGUCCUUCUCUGAUGUCAAAAGGAAGAAAAAGGCUUGGAAAAGAUUUAAACUGCCUCGUAGGAAAUAGUACCUGCAUAGAGAGGAGCUGGCUGCAGAAUCAGACGUGGACACCCUCUGCUCCCAGCAGCCUUGAUGUCUUCUCUGAUGUUUUCCGUCAGACAGAUGGAGAGCUGCUCCCGGUGCUUCGGAUAGAGUGGAAGGUGGCCACUGAUGCUAGCAUCCGCUAUCUCCGAGGGGCAGAGCUGGCUGUGAUGCAAGUGAGCAGCAAUCAACAGAUCUGCGCCCAGUUUGAAUUUCAGAACAACUUGCCUCUUCAGGUCCGUCCAGAUGGAGGCCGGUGGAAUUUCACUUUUAACCGCUUUGAGGUGGAACCUGGCCAGACUUACCAAGUGACUGUCUACCACCUACCCAAACUGAGUGUGAAUGGAGACUACAAUUGCAAGUCCGUGUCUCUCACAAUGCCUGAUUGCACGGACACUCUGAUGAAAAGAACCACUCCGUGUAUAAAGACAGGCAGUCUGUGGGAACCCAAGAUCCAAGCCAGAAGUCUAGAUGAUAUAACUCUGCUUGUGAGCUUUAACCCAUGGAGGGAGCCAACCCGAUACCAAAUUCAUGUGACGAGUUUCCUGAAUGAGAGGAAGUGUAAAAUGAUCACACGUGAUGUCACAGAGGGUGAACUGCAACCACAAGCAAAUGUCACAAUCAAAAUGGAGAAGAACUUGAGAGCUUGCUGCACCUACAAAGUACAGAUUCAGCCAUUCUUUGCUAUCUGUGGUACAGACUGUCUGAGGCACUCGACUUUCAUCCCUUGUUCACCAGCUCCAAGUGUGGGCCCAUCAGAUGAUAUGAUGAUAUGGGUGUACUGGUGUAUCACUGGGAUCUGUGUGUUACUUGUGGGAUCAGUCAUAGCAGGUGUCAUUUGUAUGACCAAAAAACGAGGAGGACACGGGCGAGGAAAGUGCAGCCACUAUGAUUUGCAAACUGUACCACCUACCGACCUUCCUCUACCACCCUUAAAGCCUCGAAAGGUUUGGAUCGUAUACUCUGCCGAUCACCUGCUCUACGUGGAUGUGGUGUUGAAGUUUGCUGAGUUUCUGAUGACUGUCUGUGGCACUGCUGUAGCCCUAGAUCUGCUAGAAGAUCAUCAGAUCUCAGAGUUUGGGCCAUUACCCUGGCUCACUCGACAGAAGAAGGAAAUGGAAGAACUGUCUUCAAAGAUCAUAAUCUUAUGCUCACGAGGCACCCAGGCCAAAUGGCAAGCAAUGCUUGGGAGCGCGCCUGUGUGUCUCAAGCAAGAUCAGCAAAAGCCAACUGGAGACCUGUUCACCCCAGCCUUGAAUUUGAUCCUGCCAGAUUUCAAGAAGCCAGCCUGUUUUGGAAUGUAUAUAGUCUGCUAUUUUGAUGGGAUAAGCAGUGAGAAAGAUAUUCCUGAUCUGUUCAAUGUCACAUCCAGGUACCAACUGAUGGACAAGUUUGAGGAUAUUUAUUUUCGGAUUCAGGACUUGGAGAAGUUUGAGCCCGGUCGCAUCCAUCGAAUCCAGGAAAUCACAGCUGAAAACUACAUUGAUACCCCUAGUGGAAGGAAGUUGAAAGAGGCCAUUCAGAAGUUCAGAAACUGGCAGACAGAGCACCCAGACUGGUUUGAGGCUGAAAGCAUCAGCCUGGAUAAUGAAGAAGAGUUGCAGUCCCUAAACAGAGAGAGCCAGGUGGAUUCAUUACUAAGUGAACCAGGUGGAAUUGUGAAACACCAGCUGCACCUACGAGAACCUGACCCUAACUGCUGUUAUGUCAUCAAUCUCCACAUUCGGGAAGGUGAGAGCAGAGGGUGUAAACUACAGCCUCAGCUUAAUCUCUGUGGAGAUCCAGCUUCUCAGACUCUGAUUGAUCCUAUGGAUGAGGCUGCUCCAGUUCAGGUAGUAGAGCCAGUCUCUUUCAUGGAAGACAAAAAUAUACUUGGCCAUCAUGUGCUGAGUAAUGAGGACUGCAUGGAAGGAGUUCCUCUUCUGGAGACAAGUUUUCCAAUGAGGAAUAACAUCAUCCUCCAUGAUGACUGUGAUGUUUCAGCAAUAGAUGAACAGAGUCCUGCAAACCUCUCUGGUGAACUGAGGCACCAUCUGAAUGGACUUAUGUACUCUCUUUAUCAGCAGAGUGUCAUUCCUUCAGAUCCAUGUUUCUGCCAGGAGGAGGCUGACAAGGAGCAUCAGUUGAUCUUUGAAGACCAGUGUAAAGACCAAAGACAGUCAGUGCAGUCAGACCAGGGUUACAUCUCUAGAUGUUCUCCUUUGCCUCCUGAUGACCCUGUGGAAGAGGAGGAGGAGGAUCAGGAGAAUCAGGUGGUUUGUCAUGAACUCUCUCCAGAGGUCUUGAACAGUCUAAAGAGCCUCCAGCAGCAGCUUUUUUUCCAGGACAUUCAACGGAGCUCUGAGUCGGGGUAUCCAGCAGAGCUGAUGAACAUGAGCCCAUCUCCAGAGGACUGUUAGGCUCUAUCUGGGACCCGCUCCAUCUGAAAUACACAGAUGGAAGGUGGUACCACAUCCAGCACUGAAACCGCGUUUCCAACAGCAUCCUUCUCCUUGUAUUACAUGUGACUAAUUGGUGGGAUCUUCCUGUCUGCUGCAGGGAGGCAGGGUUGCCCAGCAGUUGAUUAACAUCUUUGCUUCUAAUCUCUGUAUGGAACGAAGCAACAAAUACUAGCCAUCACUGUGACAGAACAGGCAGUAGUUCUGCUCCUGAGGGACAUGUAUUAUAUUGAGUCCUCACUGCAGAAAAAUUACUUUGGUUCACCCACUAGUGCCUUCAGAACUUUCUCCAACUGUAACAGUUUUAUUGCACUGGACAGAAAACAAAGCCAAGAAUCAGAUUAUAGAGUUAGCAUGGCAAACUUUGCAUUGCCAGUUUGUGUUUUUUUUUAAUAUACAUAUUUUUUAAUAAUGUGUUAAAGAUGUGUGCCUUAAACUUCAGCUAGGUUAGGACUGUCUUUACAUAAUCACAUAAUGGUUUAGGUUGGACCAGAUAAACUGCAGAGGUCCAACACCUCUGGUCAAGUAAGGCAACCUACAGCAGAUUGUCCAGGCCCACUUUCAGGUCACUUUUGAUUCUUUCCAAGCAGGGAGACUCCACAACCUCUCUGGGCAACCCUGUACAUUAUCAGCUGGCACAGUUAAGAAGUGCUUCCUGGCAUUCAGAAGGAAACUCCUGUUUCUAUUUGACCCUGUUGCCUCAUGACCUGUCACUGGGCGCCAAUGGAAGGAGCCUGUCUCUGUCCUCUUUUCUACUCUCCCUUUAUUUAUGCACAUAAUACCUAGGAUAGGAUGAGAGGGAAUGGCCUCAAGUUGUGUCAGGGGAGGUUCAGAUUGGAUGUUAAGGAAAAUUUCUCCUCAGAGAGUGGUGAGGGAUUGGAACAGGCUGCCCAGGGAAGUGGUAGGGUCACCAUCCCUGGAGGCAUUCAAGAAAUGUGUAGAUGUGGUACUAAGGAGCAUGGUUUAGUGGGCAGUGUUGGUGGUAGGUGGAUGUUUGGACUAGAUGACCUUAGAGAUCUUUUCGAACCUUAAGGGUUCUGUCAUUCUACGUAGAUAAGAUGGCCCCUGACCCUUCUCUAGGCUCAACAGUCCCAACUCUCAGCCUUUCAUUGUAAGAGAAAUGAUAUAGUCCCUUAACCAUCUUUGUGUCCCUUCAUUGGACUCUGUCCAGUAUGUCCAUGUCUCUUCUGUACUGAGAAGGUCAGCAGUGAACAUAGCACUCCAGGCGUGUCUUCACCAGUGCUGAGUAGAGGAAAAGCUUUACCUGCUGGCAGUGCUUUGCCUAACGCAGCCCAGGAUACCUUCAGCCUUCUUUGCAGCAAGGGUACACUGCUGGCUCAUGCUCAUCUGUGUCCUCUAGGAUUCCCAGGUCCUUUUCCACAAAGGGCACCCAGCAUGUCCUGCUGCCUGGGGUUGUUACUCUUAAGGUGCAGGGAUUUGCACUUCAUGUUGAACCUGAUGAUGUUCCUGUCAGCCUGUUUCUCUGGCCUGUUGAGGUCUCUCAGAAUGGCAACAAAGGCUUCUGGUGUAUCAGCCACUUCUCCCAGCUUUGUGUCAUCUGUAAGCUUGCUAAGGGUAUGCUUUGCCCCAUCAUCCAGAUUACUGAUGAAGGUGUUAAACAAGACUGGAGCCAGUAUUACCCCCUGGAGUACUCUCCUAGUUACUGCUUAGUUAGACUAAGCCACUAAUUGCCACCCUGUAGGCCUGGCUAUUCAGCUAGUUCUUUACCCACUUUGAUGUGUGUUAAACCAGCUUGUACUUCCUCAGCUUGUUUAUGACGAUCUUACAAGGCACAGUAUUACUGAAGGUAAUUACUGAGUUCUUACUGAAGUGCAGGAAGGUGAUAUCCACUGCUCCCGUCUCUUCCCAGGUUGCUCAUUUCAUCACAGAAGCUUAUUGGUCAAGCAUGACUCUUCCUUGGUGAAUCUGUGCAGACUGAUGGUUAUUUUCUUCAGGAUAAGCUGUUCCAUCAACUCUCAGGGAUCUCAGGGAUCAAAGUGAGGCUGACCAGUCUGUAGCUGCCCGAGUCUUCCUUUUUGUCAUUCUUGAAGAUAGGACAUUUGCUGUUCUCCAGUCUUCAGGCUCUUCUCCCAGUUGCCACGAUCAGUCAAGGAUUAUGAAGGGGGGCCUCACAGUCACUUCUACCAUCUCCCUCAGCACUCAUGGGUGAAUCCCAUCAGGGAUGGGAUGGCCACAAUUUGUGAAUGUCCAGUUUGUUAACAUACUCCCUGACCUUAUCCUGAGCAAAAAUGAGUGUGAGAUGUUCCUUGUGCGAGUAUAGACACAAGCACAGGUAUUACAGGCUAACCAUUGUGAAAACAUCCUAAUAAUAGGUUAUGGAGUUGAUCCUUCCAGAGCAGUGAUGGUAACUGUCAAUUCCAAGAUUGAGUUGGAUGCACUAGGAAGACUUAUUCCAUGCAAGUCAUCCUCUCUUGGCCCAUGUAGUAGCGGACUAGUUGGAGCUGGCAUUUACUGUAGGUAUUGUCACGGUUUCUGCAAGUCCAGCCAGCUGAUUACAGUUCAUGGGAUACAAGCACCUCCAAGCUUUUCUGCUUUGUGUUCAGACAAGCUUGUCAUCUUCCUGUCCUUUUAAGUUUACUUGUCAAGAAAUUUUGAGAUCAUUUUAUUUUGGGUUUUUAAAAGUCUGAUAUCUCAGAAGAUAGUCUGCUCUUUUGACUUGCAACCAAUGUUUUAUUAUGUAUAUUUUAUACUUUUGUUUACGACUUGUUUUUUUUCUUAAAUUAAAAAUAGGAAUGCUUUUGGAUAUAUUUACUUAAA